AUGGCUCUCACCUUAACUUCAGGGACCGAUCUUCACCAGCACCUCGGUAUGGAGUCGUCUGCCGAGAAAGAGCCUGACCGGCUCGCAAUCAACAUGGUCAUACGCCAGGAUCCCUUCUCGAUCAGUCUCGAUGCCUCGGCCCUCCUUGCCGUGGCCAUUCUACUCAUCAUUGGUAUGAACACCGUCGAGCACCUCUACCUCGAGUGCAUGAUCCUGGCCAUCCCCAUCAUGCUCCUGAUCCGGAACGACUACCACAACUUCCUCAAUCUCGGCCCGGGCGGGACCCCCGCAACACCGGCCGGCUACGCGAGGCUAACCUGGUACCGCCUCUUCGCCCUCCGGGACCCCUUCAGCCCCCCGCCCCGGGACCCCUCCCAGCUGCCGGCCGCCGGCAUCCUCCGACAGCAGCCACUCCCCUACCGGCCGGGCCCUCGGCCCGUGGUUGCGGGCCUCGCGCCGCAGAGGCAGCUGAACCAGCCCGGUAACCAGAAGAUAUACCAGGCGCUGAAGCUCGCGCUCAGCGACCUCAGCGCCCUCAGUCCCAAGAAGUUCAUCACGGCGACGUCGUGCCUGGAGAAGCACGGCUUCGCCCUGUUUGCGCGGCACCCGCUCAACGUCUGCGGCAACGGCGAGGUCUGCCACAUCCACACCUCGGACAAGUCGAUGCACAUGAACCUCCACCCCGACGACAUCAAGGAGGUCCUGGAGAAGGGCUGGGGCCAGAGGCAUCCCAUGGCCUGGACGGGCUGGGUGCAUACCCCUGUGCCGAGUACCUUCGUCAUGAUUUAUGCACCGAGGGAUGACAAUGACCUCCGCAUCGUUCUCAGGAUAAUCGAGGCUGCGGUCUGGUACACAACGUCGGAAAAGGUAGACUUGGAGGGUCCUUCCGAAUCGUAA